AUGAACGCUGCGCUGCCUAUUGCGCUCUAUUAUAUCCUCAAACCUCAUAUUGCGCCUGUGUGGGCUCUGAUCUUAUCCAGUACACCGACCAUUAUCUCUGUCAUUUUACAAGUCAUCUUUGUACGCCGAAUUGAUACCAUUGGUAUUGCUGUGAUUGUUGGUUUCACUCUGUCGGUCAUUCUGGCGGUCAUCAACGGCGAUCCGAAAUUAUUGCUAAUGCGUGAAUCGUUUGUCACGGCGGGUAUUGGUGUUGCUUGUUCUAUCACGCUGAUUCCAAUACGCAUUCGAUCGUUCCAACUCAAACCUAUUCUGUAUUAUAUUGCCAAUGACCUCAUUCCCUUACGGCCCGUCUAUUUUACGAACCCCGACAAGCCACCACAGAAACGCAUGCUCUUCUACUGGCAGCAUUCCGCCUAUUGCCGACGCCACAUUCGCACCUUGACAGUCAUUGAUAUUGUGUUUCUCGAGUUUGAAUUUGGAUUGAAACUGUUCUACAUCUUUACAUUUGAUCUCGAUACCAUUGUGGUGCUUAGCAACUCCACCCUGUCCGCCAUUGGUGUGCUCCUCACCCUUUUCUCCCUUUGGUAUAUUUUGAAGAUCCGCAAACGGAUUCAGCAGGAGGAGCCACGGAUGUUACAGGAUGCUGGAGCAAUAAAGUGA